UCCGUCAGUUAUAGCGAAGGAAGGAAGAACUUGUGCUACGUUCGAUUUCUUUCUCUGUUUGGAUAUCUUGUUGUCACCGUCGCUUCCAGAGAGAAAAAAAAAAGAAGAGAAUGACGGUGUUCCACUUCUUCAACUGCGCAAUUCUCACUUUCGGCCCUCACGCCGUUUACUACUCUGCGACCCCACUGUCGGAGUAUGAUACUCUUGGUACUUCUGUUAAAGCUGCUGUUGUUUAUCUUGGAACAGCAUUAGUGAAGCUUGUUUGCCUGGCAACCUUUCUUAAGGUGUCUGAAAAUGACAGCUUUGAUCCAUAUCAGGAACUAUUGAAAGCUCUGAUUGGCUUUAUAGACGUUGCUGGGCUUUACUUUGCAUUGACCCAGUUGACUCACAGGAACAUCUCUCAAAAUCAUAAGUUCCAAGCGGUAGGACUUGGGUGGGCUUUUGCCGACUCGGUUCUGCAUCGGUUGGCACCCCUUUGGGUGGGUGCUAGAGGAUUAGAAUUUACUUGGGACUACAUUCUACAAGGCCUUGAAGCGAAUGCAAAUCUGGUGUUGAGUAUAUCUCUUGCUGCAUUGGGAUCCUUGAUGUGGCUUCGGAAAAACAAACCCAAGACUUUGAUUCCCAUAAUAUAUGCAUGUGCAGGGAUAGUGGCUACAAUGCCCUCAAUCACAAGCUAUCUGAGGCGUGGCCUGGGAUGGCACUUUCCAAAGGUGGUAGGCUUCGAACUAUUCACCUCUCUGGUAAUGGCUUUCAUUAGCUGGCAGCUCUUUUCCGCAUGUCAGAAACCAUCAGCCUGAGUAAACCCCAAUAUCAUCCCUAAUGGUGAGCGAACCUACUUCUUGGGACACUGUUUCAGUCUGAGUCACGUAGAGGCAACUGUUGUAGAAUAUGCCGAAGUCUAGAUUUGAUUGUGUGAUCUUUUUUUUUUUAACAUUUAUAAAAAUCAAAUACGGUCUUCAGUGUUGAAAAACUCCGUUAAUCUAUUUGAGAUUUUGAUUGUAAUUGGAGGUAGGUAGUCUUAUUCUCCAUUCAUCAAUUUGUAAGCAAUGGGAAAAUUUUGCAUUAUUGUGUCGCAA